AUGUUUGGAGGAUUCGCACCGCCCCAGUUCACCCAGGAGGAGAUCGAGCAACACGAGGCUGAAGCCACCGGCACCGUCCAAAGCUUCCUCGCUGCCGCCGUCGUACUCUACUUUGUCCCCUUCGCCGUCGAUGCCGUAUCGAGCAUAUUCUAA